ACAAAUGGAUUGAUACCCACCCACCACACAUUUGGUACUUCUGUUCUUUCACAAAAACAAAUUCCAGAUUUCCAACCCACAUGUAUCUAUUAUUAUUAUUGUUAUUAUGAAUCAAUCAAUGAUCAUCAUCAUGCAAGUACAACCACCACCAUUUUCAGUCUGAAAACAACAACAACGAAUUUUUAUUAUUAUCAUGAUCACAACCUGUUUAUUAGAAUGACCCAGAGAGAGGAGGAUGCUGUUAUUGCUUAGAAAAAUUGAGUGUUACCAAGAAGAUGUUUUCACCGUUGCUGCGCCAAAACACAAACCCUUCAAGAAUCAAGAUGAUUCUGUUCCUACCCAAGAACCCACCUCUACCUUUAUCACUACCACAUGAUCAUGGUAAUUUUGUAAUUGGAGGAAGGAGGAUGAGGAGGAGGAGGAGAAAUUCUUCUCUUAUUGUAUCUUCAGCUUUGAAUCCUUUGUUGUUUACUUCAUCAACUGGUAAUCUUAUUGCUGCUGCUGCUGCAACUGGUACUAGUAGUUCCGCCGUUGCUUCUGCUGCUCAUGCUGCUGUUGGCUCAGCUAUGGCUCAGGUUGCUGUUACUGCUGUGGCUUGUCUUUCUGGUGCUUGUCUUUCUACUAAAGUUGAUUUCUUAUGGCCCAAAUUGCAAGAUCAACCAGAUGUUCUCAUAUUGGAUGGAGUUGACGUAACUGGAUAUCCAAUUUUCAUGGAUGAAAAGGCAGGUGCGAAAAGCUAUAGAGUUCGCAAGAAAGGCUCACCUGGGUCAGAUGAGGAAGACAGGUGAUCCUUAUCUAACUCACUGCAUUCAUACAGGAAGAAUCUUGGCGGCUUUGAUUCCAUCACAUGGAAAACGUGCCAUAGAUACGGUUGUAGCUGGGAUUCUUCAUGAUGUAAUUGACGAUACAUGUGAAAGCAUUCACACCAUUGAAGAGGAGUUUGGCGCUGAUGUAGCCAAGUUGGUUUCUAGUGUUUCAAAGCUAAGCUAUAUAAAUCAGCUGCUACGAAGACGUCGCAGGAACAACUUAAAUCAGGGUGUUCUGGGUCCUGGAGAGGCGAACAGUUUACGAGUGAUGCUUUUGGGGAUGGUUGACGAUCCUCGAGUGGUUCUUAUCAAGCUUGCGGACCGUCUGCAUAACAUGAGAACCAUUCAUGCUUUGUCAUCACCAAAAGCCCAAGCUGUCGCACAAGAAACGUUAGCUGUAUGGUGCUCACUUGCUUCCAGAUUAGGUGUAUGGGCUUUAAAAGCUGAACUCGAGGAUUUGUGCUUCGCUGUUCUUCAGCCUCAAACAUUUCGUCAAAUGAGAGCUGAGCUGGCUUCCAUGUGGAAGCCUGGCAAUAGACCAAGAAAUUUGCGGAGAGUGCUUGCAAAAUCUGAUUUGGUUGAACCCUUGGAUAAAAGUGUAAUAGUUACUGACUUGGAUGUGUCAGUGGCUAGCGAGGAAGAUCUGGCAUCUAUGAAGGAUCUUUUGGAAGCUGUAUUACCUUUUGAUCUGUUACAAAAUCGAGAAAAGCGCACAAAAUUUCUUUAUGAUGUCAGCAAGGGUUCUCAGACAAAACCAAAAGUUGUGAGUGAUGCUAGCGUUGCCUUGGCAUCUCUAGCCCUUUGUGAGGAAGCACUUGAACAAGAAUUACUUAUAUCAACUUCUUAUGUUCCAGGAAUGGAAGUAACUUUGUCAAGUCGCUUAAAAAGCUUGUAUAGCAUCUAUUCCAAGAUGAAACGUAAAGAUGUGGACAUUAAGAAAAUUUACGAUGCACGGGCAUUGAGGGUCGUAGUUGGGGAUAAGAAUGGAAGGCUGCAUGGAGCUGCUGUAACAUGUUGCUACAAUAUUCUUGACAUUGUACACGGACUUUGGACCCCAAUUGAUGGUGAGUUUGAUGAUUACAUUGUGAAUCCGAAAAAUAGUGGCUAUCAGUCUCUCCACACAGCGAUACAAGGUCCUGAUAGAUCACCGUUGGAAGUGCAGAUAAGGACACAGACGAUGCACGAGCAUGCCGAAUAUGGUCUUGCAGCACAUUGGCUUUAUAAAGAAUCCGAGAACAAAGUGCCACAGUCAGCACCUAUCCAUGUACCCAAGGCUGACACAUCUCCAUUCCAGUCCAAACGGGUAGAGGAUGAAACAGAAACGAAUGACGAUAAUGAUGAUGAACUUUGCAAGUAUAGGUCCUUGAAAAAAGGGCAUCCAGUUCUCAGGAUUGAAGGAAGUCACCUUCUUGCUUCAGUUAUUGUCAGUGUAGACAACGGUGGUAGAGAACUGCUUGUGGCUGUGAGCUUUGGAUUGGGGGCUUCAGAAGCGGUAGCUGAUAGGAGAUCCUCUUUCCAGAUAAAACGAUGGGAAGCAUAUGCAAAUCUCCACAAAAAGGUUUCUGAUCAAUGGUGGUUUGCUCCAGGACAUGGUGAUUUGUGUACUUGUCUAGAAAAGUACGUACUAUGUAAAGACGGUAUAUAUCACAAGCAAGAUCAAUUUGAUAGACUACGCCCGACUUUUAUCCAAGUUAUCGAUCUGACGGAGAAAGAAGAGUUGGAAUACUGGACGGUUGUCUCAGCUGUUUUAGAGGGCAAACAGGUUUCAUCUAUCCCAGUGAGCUCAAGCUUCUCUGAGAGGCUAACCUCCAAGUCUCUUAUUUCCAGUCCCAUUGAGACCAGCGUAAAUAACAAGGUAAGACUACUGAGGGAAAUGCUUCAGUGGGAGGAGCAGGUGAAGUUUGAAGCAGGCGGCGGCCUUAUUCGAACAAAAAAUGACAGCGGAAAAUCAGCUGUGCUGUGUGAAGUGGCAAUUGUAUGCUGGCCCAAUGGUGACAUAAUGAGGAUGAGAAGUGGUAGUACUGCUGCUGAUAUAGCCAUUAGAGUAGGACUGGAAGGCAAAUUGGUACUUGUAAAUGGUCAACUUGCAUUGCCACAUACUGAGCUCAGGGAUGGCGACAUUGUUGAAGUCAAGACUUUGAAAUCUUGAAACUGGUUUCAUGUAUAUUUGUACAAAAUGAAUGAAGAAGGAUUCUUGUAAAUUAGUCCCACUAAGAGACUCGACCGAUAAAAUUCC